AUGGGGCACAACGGCAGCUGGUUCUCCCGGAACGGCAGCGAGCCGCGCAACGCAUCGGGCGCGGAGCCUGGGGGCGCCAACCGCAGCGCGCUCGGGGAGUUCGGCGAGGCUCAGCUCUACCGCCAGUUCACCACCACCGUGCAGGUCGUCAUCUUCAUCGGCUCGCUGCUCGGAAACUUCAUGGUGUUAUGGUCAACUUGCCGCACAACCGUGUUCAAAUCUGUCACCAACAGGUUCAUUAAAAACCUGGCCUGCUCUGGGAUUUGUGCCAGCCUGGUCUGCGUUCCCUUUGACAUCGUUCUCAGCACCAGUCCUCACUGCUGCUGGUGGAUCUACACCAUGCUUUUCUGCAAGGUCGUCAAAUUUUUGCACAAAGUCUUCUGCUCUGUGACUAUCCUCAGCUUCCCUGCCAUUGCCUUGGACAGGUACUACUCUGUCCUUUAUCCACUGGAGAGAAAAAUCUCUGAUGCCAAGUCCCGUGAGCUAGUGAUGUACAUCUGGGCACACGCAGUGGUGGCCAGCGUGCCCGUGUUUGCAGUGACCAACGUGGCCGACAUCUAUGCCAUGUCCACCUGCACGGAAGUCUGGAGCAACUCGCUGGGCCACCUGGUGUACGUGCUCACCUAUAACAUCACAACGGUCAUCGUGCCCGUGGCUGUGGUAUUCCUCUUCCUGAUCCUCAUCCGCCGGGCCCUGAGCGCCAGCCAGAAGAAGAAGGUCAUCAUCGCGGCCCUCCGAACCCCACAGAACACCAUCUCGAUCCCCUACGCCUCUCAGCGGGAGGCGGAGCUGCACGCCACCCUGCUGUCCAUGGUGACGGUGUUCAUCUUGUGUAGCGUGCCCUACGCUACCCUGGUCGUCUACCAGACCGUGCUCAAUGUCCCCAACACGUCUGUCUUCUUGCUGCUCACAGCCAUUUGGCUGCCCAAGGUCUCUCUGUUGGCCAACCCCGUGCUCUUCCUGACCGUGAACAAGUCUGUCCGCAAGUGCUUGGUGGGGACGUUGGUCCAGCUACACCACCGUUACAGUCGCCGGAAUGUGGUUGGCGCGGGGGGCGGGGUGGCCGAUGCCAGCCUGGAGCCCAGCCUGCGUUCGGGCAGCCAGCUCCUGGAGAUGUUCCACAUCGGGCAGCAGCAGAUCUUUAAGCCCACAGAGGAUGAGGAAGAGAGUGAGGCCAAGUACACCGGCUCCGCCGACCUCCCGGCCAAGGAGGUGCUCGGGCCCUGCCUGGAGGGAGAGCAGGGACUGCAGCGGUUGCCCGCUGUACCUCUCCUGGGCGCCACGGACUCUAGAUCCCAGGGUGGGUCAGCGGUGCCUGGGGAGCCCGAGACACUGCCUGACAAGUACUCCCUGCAGUUUGGUUUUGGGCCUUUUGAGUUGCCACCUCAGUGGCUCUCAGAGACCCGAAACAGCAAGAAGCGGCUGCUUCCCCCCUUGGGGAACACCCCAGAGGAGCUUAUUCAGACAAAGAUGCCCAGGGUAGGCAGGGUGGAGCGGAAGAUGAGCAGAAACAACAAAGUGAGCAUUUUUCCGAAGGUGGAUUCCUAGUCAGGAUUGUCGAGCCCCCUCACUCCCACCUUCCCCUUUGCUCUGGCUCUGGCAGGAUUUGGGCAUCUCACUGCAACCGAGUACCGGUUGCCUCCUCCUGUGUGUGCCCUCUGCUUUUUGAAUGAGAGGGAAAUCUAUAGAAGAUCAGCUGUCCUCUUUAUUGAGGGAGUAUAUAUAUAUGCAUCUCUGUGGUCUGUGUCCUAGGUGAAGUGUGCGUUCCUCUCUGUGGACACAAAAGCUGGGCAGUGUGCAACAGGUCUUGGAAUGGGUACUCCCUGUGCAUUUUCUGAGGACUCCUUGGUUCCUGGGCCCCACAGAGAGUACAGGGAGAGAAAAACAUCUGUGAGUUUGGAGGGAGCAGGACACCCUAGGAGAAGCCCAAGAGGAUUAUGGAGUGGUGUGGCCAUAAAGAAAAGACCUAUUUAUCCUCAAAUAGGAUAAAUAUUUAAAAAUGUUUCAUAGUGAUCUGCAUCUUCAGGGGAGAUAGGGACUUGGCAUUUGACACCUUUUCUCUGGAAGGCCUGAUCGUAUGACUCAGUUUCUUCUGAAGCCCUUCAUCUCUUUCACUGGGAUGUAGAUGAGGAAAGGAGCUUCCACUCUCAUUUGACAGACAAGGCAAUAGAUGUGCUUGGGGGUCAGGGAGGAGAUACUCUGUCUUGACGAUCCUGACAUUUUCCUGGCACCACUGAAAACCUCAGAAAUUUCUGUCUGCAGUGUUGAUUGGAAAACACUACAAGUGCUUUACUAUGUCUUUCCCCCUUAAAUUGCAUUAAUUUUUCAACCAGUGAGAGAAACUGAGAGGUAAAGAAGAAAGACAAAAAUGUCCAUACUGUGUAGUCUCUUCUCUUCCAAUGCUGAUUUCAUGUGAAAGGGGCUCUGUCAACAUCAGUAGCUGUGAAGGAUAUUGAAAAAAAGAAAAAAAAAAACUAUCUUGUGCAAACUUUUGGAAUUAAAAGGCAAUUUAAAAAUGAAG